UUUAGGUGAACUACUGGAAUUCUAAUGUAAACGAAGUUCAAGGUGUUGUCAUGGACCAAGAAGGAAAAGUAGUGCAUCGCCUUUUUGGAAAAUGGCAUGAAGGAUUAUAUUGUGGAAUUGCACCUUCAGCAAAAUGUAUAUGGAGGCCUGGUUCCAUGCCAACAAAUUAUGAGCAUUAUUAUGGUUUCACAAGGUUUGCUAUUGAGCUAAAUGAGUUAGAUCCUGCACUGAAAGACCUUCUUCCAAAAACAGAUGCUCGAUUCAGGCCAGAUCAAAGGCAUUUGGAAGAUGGAAAUUUAGAAACAGCAGCAGCAGAAAAACAAAGAAUUGAAGAAUUGCAGAGAUGCCGGAGACGUUAUUUAGAGGAAAACAAUAUGGAACAUGUACCAAAAUAUUUUAAAAAAGUUAUUGAAGCAAAUCAGAGAGAAGCGUGGGUUUCUAAUGACACCUAUUGGGAACUCCGAAAGGAUCCUGGCUUUAAUAAAGUAGAAACACUCAAACUCUGAUUGAAAAAUGGAGCUCUUCUCUAACCGAUCCUUCUGUUUCAAACAAGCUUCAGGAAAUCUCAAGAACAUCUAAUUUAUGUGAUAUGCUUCCAUUUAAAAUACUUCUUACUCAUUGGAAGUUUCUGCAUCAAGCUAUGUCACAAUCAAGUGCCCAUUCUGACUUACCUGAUACGCUUUGCUUUUUGUAAGCCUUCUCUCCCCUCAAUCUAUUCUCCCAGCCGUCCCAAUCAAUGAUUCCUCUGAAAGUAUCCAUAUUAUAAUGGCAAAUUUGGGGAAUUCUUUGUAGAUUGGGAACAGAUAAGAACGAGGCUUUUUAGAGUCCAGAAGCAGACCGAGAUACCCAGUUGUGUAACAGGAAUCACUCCCAUCCCUAUCUCUGCUAUGCACUGCUGAGUCUUAGCAUGUAGUCUCAGCAUUGGCUGAAUGUAGACUUGGGCACAUUGGCUCAAAACAUACUUGAAUAAUUAUCACAGAACUAUCAUUAUUAACUAUUGUUACUUCUCCUCUGCUUUUCUCUUUAAAUAUAACAGUUCCAAAAAGGAUGUUCAGUAGAAAAUAAAGUCAGGAUUUGGAGGGACACUUAAGUGCAGUCCUUGAUCAAAUCAAAUGAUGUUUUGCAGGCUUCCCAAGUAUUUCACAGCUCACAAAUAAUUAUUGUGGUUGCCCAAAGGAACUUUGGUUCUGGGCUAAUGCUACAUACAAUUAGAAUGAACAAUAACCACAUUCUGUCUACCAAGUCAACCCUAUGAGAUUUCAGUAAAAUUUCUCAGCCAUCUCUGUGUUUCUGAGAUUGGAAUGGUGCCAAUUUUGCAACCGGGAAUUCUGUAAUAUAUAAUAAUUUUAAUGCAAGCAAUGUAUUAUGAAUAAGUGUUUUCCUAUUUCAACAGAAUGUGACUUUUGUCCAUGCCCAGGAUUAAGUUUUCAUCCAAAUUAAUGAAUUGCUCCCCUAUAAAAUAAUAUAUAUUGUAAAGUUCUUUUUGUGACUUACCUAAUUUAUCAGGAUUUUUAAAAGACAAUAUUGAGCUCCAUAUAUUUUUUGAAAUUAUAGGUAUUCAAAUAAGAAACAGUGUUAUGACAUGAUUUAUCAAUUGCUUUUUUCCCCUUAAAGAUAAUCCAGUAGAUUUAUCAAGUCUCCCUCAAAUUGUCUCUAGUUAUAGCCAUUCAGGCUGCAUAAUGUUGGUACAAGAUAAUAAUAUUGUGAUCUGACACAUCUAGCGUGAAAUGGGACAACUCCGCCACAGCCAACUUGCUGUGGCCAAUUUGCCAUGGGGCAACUUGUCAUGGCCAACUCGCCACAAGACACCUCACUGUGGGGCAGUUUAACAUUUCAAUUAUUUGAAAUAAAUUUAAAAAAUAUUUUAAUUUUUGUCAUUGAUGUUUCAUUCUGACCCUUUUUCAUCCUUUAAUUAUUCUAUUCCACCAUUCCUUUGGUAUUAGUGUAACUCUUCUCCCACAAUGAGUUAGCUGCGACGAGUUGUCCCACAGCAAGUAGGCCAUGGCAAGUUGGCCGUGGUGAGUUGGUCAUGGUGAGUUGGUGUGGCAAAUAAUAGACUGCAGUUGAAAGCAGCAGCAAUGAGUAUCAAUUAGAAAUUGAUGUAGAAAGCAAUGGAAUUAGACCUUAAUUACACCACUCUAGUGCCAUAAAAUCAUGGCUUUGCUCUGUUGUCUUCUGUAAUUUAAAGAAGUGAUUGGUAUUAGGAAGAAAGUUUAGGGACCUAAAGUAUCAACAACCCACCACUCAUUUUCAAAAGUAUUUCCUAAGACAAAAUAUAUUUUUGCCACUCCCUUCUUUGACUCACCAUAUUAUACUAUUAACUAAUCAGAAGUGUGCGUCUUCAGAUAAAUAGCAUGCAGACAAAAGUAUCAUUUGUGAGAAAACUAGCCUCCAUAAACACACAGCACUUUUAAGGCACUUUGAUGUUUCAGAAAAUAUUUUUAAGUGUUGGAAUUUGACUGCAAUCUUACACUAAAGAUUGCAGUGAUUCCAAACUUGUGCAGUGAACCCUAUGACUGAACAGAGAUUUGAAUCUUAUUUUCAGCAACCCAAACUCAAUAUUGUCUUUAUCCCACUACCCAAUGUUGAAGCUAAAUACGAAGAUUGAACAUUGUGAUACUUGCACAGGAUCAUUUUGCAGAACUCUGUGGUCUUUAUCCUCAGUCUUGAAUAAGAAAACUCAUGUAUACCUUUAUAAAAAAAUGUCAUUGAAUAAAAAGACCAUUGUUUC